GGACACAGCCACAGGCUACGGCUAUGAAACACCAAAGUCAGCAGCAGCACUAAGCUAGAGCUAGGUGCGCGCUGACGAAGUGUUCAACUAGUACUUUGCCUGCAGCACGGGCACGCGCGCCUAUGCCACCACCCAGCGCCAACCGGAGGCGCGCACGCCGCAGAAUCCGCCGCGCAGCCACGAGUUGCUUGGUCGCGUUGCCUUCCUCCGUAGCUGGUGUGCUCGUUUCAGCAGCCCAGACAAGGAUUUGUGCCGCGGUGACUCCUGAUUCCGCUCGAAAGGAGAAAAGCAAGCGCGGCGAGGAAGCGGCGGAGCAUCGGCGAUAGAUGGUCCGGGAGGAGCGGCUGGACCUGGUGCUGGUGCCGCUGGCUCUGGCGGCGCUGCUCGGCUACCACCUGUGGCUCCUCUACGCCAUCCUCCGCCACCCCGCCCGCACCGUCAUCGGCCUCAACGCCAUCGCGCGCAAGCGCUGGGUCGCCGCCAUGAUGGCCAACACGGAGAGGAACGGCGUGCUGGCGGUGCAGACGCUGCGGAACAACAUCAUGGCGUCGACGGUGCUGGCCACCACGGCCAUCACUCUCGUCUCCGUCAUCAGCGUCUUCAUCGGCGUCAUGUCCCCGGCCUCCUCGUCGUCCUCGUCCAAGGCGCCACCGCGGCUGGUGUACGGGAGCAAGGCCGGGGAGGUGUUCGCGGCCAAGUACCUGGCCGUCUCGCUCUGCUUCAUGCUCGCCUUCGUCUGCAACGUGCAGGCCAUCCGCCUGUACGCGCACGCCAGCUUCCUGCUCGGCGGCCUGCCGCCCGGCGACGAGACGCGGGAGGAGUUCGCGGCGUACGUGGCGCGCACGGUGAACCGCGGCAGCUAUGCCUGGUCGCUGGGCCUCCGCGCCUUCUACGUGUCCCUGGCCCUGUUCCUCUGGACCUUCGGGCCCAUCCCCAUGCUGGCCUGCAGCGUGCUCAUGUGCGGCCUGCUCUACUUCCUCGACACCACCAGCGACCAUGGCCACGCCCACCGCCAACGGGGGAGCAGCGGAAAGGACAGCUCCGCCGCCGCUUGAUCUCCGACUCUUAUGAGACCGAAUGCAAGUGUUUGACUUGAUUUCUAUUUUCCUGAUCAUCGUGCCAUUAACAUGGAUUUGGUUUUAGUUUAGAAUAUUUUAAACUUGAAUUUCAAUUAAUUAUUAUAAAAUUUGAA